UGACCAAAUUUUCAACCACUCAACGUACAGGUGCGCUCGAGCAGCUCGUUGUAAUUGUUUGAGGCUGGGAAAAUGUGAUGUCAGCCGGACUUUUGCGCGUGGACGGUGACUUCUCGCGUCCCCGCGGCUGACUUAGUGGCACAUCGAGGCACUCGAGGACUGCGGGGCAGCAAACUGGCAAAGCAAACAAGCGACACGAAAGGAGCGACGACUCCUUUUUUUCUGCGUUAAUGUUGGACGGCUGUUGCGGUGAGCGGUUGUAGAAGACCGUUUUGACAUUUUUCACAUCAACAAAUGUAUUAUGAAGCAUCGCGUUGCUUGGAAUAUUUUCGUACUCUUAGCCCCCCGCCCCCGUUUUAUCCUUGUGAUUUUUUUUUAAAGCGGGGCCAGUGAAACGUAGCUGCUGCUUGACAGCUGUGAGGCACCACAUCUGCAACCUACAGCAAGUCACCCCUCCCCAUCUGCCUGCUCCUGAAGAGCAACUGCUGCAGCUCCUCAUUAACAUCUGCCACGUCGGACCCUGGAGGCUGCUGUUCUGUUGAUCAAGGAGCCCGCAACAAGCCAUAGGCAGCCUGCUCCGGAAAGCAGCAGAGGAUCAUGGACCUUGCAAGGCUGCUUGCUUGAAAGCAGACCACUGAAGUCGCUGAGCUAAGCUGGUUCCAGUGUGGCACUGAUGGCAAUGUUCCGGAGUGAAAUUUGACUGACAGGUGGUUCUCUGUCUAACCUGCCAGGGACAAUGGCUCGCCCUGGUGCAGGCUUACUGCUUCCCACAAAUGGGCUAGGCUACCCUCCCCAGAAUCUGGCCAGAGUGGUGGUCUGGGAGUGGAUGAACGAACAUGGGCGCUGGAGGCCCUAUAGUGCAGCGGUGUGCCACCAUAUUGAGAACAUCCUGAAGGGUGAUGCCCGAGGAACCGCAGUUCUGGGACAGGUAGAUGGCCAGCUAUCUCCAUACAUCAUCGACCUGCAAUCAAUGCAUCAGUUUCGACAGGACACGGGCACCAUGAGACCAGUGCAGAGGAACUUCUACGAACCGUCUUCUGCUCCGGGCAAAGGCGUGGUGUGGGAGUGGGAGAACGACAAUGGCUCAUGGACGCCAUAUGACAUGGAGAUAUGUGUGACCAUCCAGAAUGCCUACGAGAAGCAGCACCCGUGGCUGGAUCUGACCUCUGUAGGCUUCUGUUACCUCAUCGACUUCAACAGCAUGUCACAAACCAAUAAGCAGAGCCAACGCAAACGGCGCCUUCGGAGACGGAUGGAUCUUGCUUACCCACUCAUCAUGGGUUCCAUCCCCAAGUCGCAGUCUUGGCCUGUGGGCGCCAGCUCCGGUCAGCCCUGCUCCUGCCAGCAAUGUAUCCUGGUCAACAGUACGAGAGCCGCAUCGAAUGCAAUCCUUGCCUCUCAGCGACGGAAGCUCCACGGAGGGGCAGCAGGCAAUACGGGUGCCACAGGGACCCUGACGGCUGUACGGCAGAGCAACACAUUUGCUGGAACCUCUCUUUGGUCUCCAACUUCGUCUGGCACCAAUAAUGUCAGUAUAGGAGGCGGGCAAGCCAAAGGUGAGCAGGUGCAGGUGCCAUUGUCCCCAGCCAACUUUCCUGUGAUGCCAUCCCACGGUCACAACACACUUGCAAUCAACGGACAGAACAACCUGAACCGACCAGGCACUCAGCGCAUCUCUAUGGCCAGUCCUAGAGGAACCAUUCCACCAGGAGUUCCUGCUCUCCCAGUCAAAAACUUGACUGGGUCUGGACCAGUGCAUCCAGCGCUUGCAGGUAUGACUGGUAUCCUGAUGUGCGCUGUAGGUCUCCCUGUUUGCCUGACCCGAGCACCCAAGCCCAUUUUGCACCCACCGCACAUCAGUAAGAGCGAUAUGAAGCCUGUGCCGGGAGUUAACGGGAUGCGGCGCAAGACCAAGAAAAAGCACCUGAGGAAAGGCAAAACCCCAGAGGAUGUUGUCAGAAGAUACACCGACAAAAUUAAAGUGGCACCAGAUGAGGACUGUACCAUCUGCAUGGAGAGGCUGACCAUGGCAUCAGGCUAUGAAGGCGUCCUGCAGCACAAAGGCAUCAAGCCAGAGUUGGCGGGCAAACUUGGCAAGUGCGGGCAUAUGUACCAUCUGCUGUGCCUGGUGGCCAUGUACAACAAUGGCAAUAAGGAUGGAAGUCUUCAGUGCCCAACAUGCAAAACCAUCUACGGGGAGAAAACAGGCACUCAGCCUCCUGGGAAGAUGGAAUACCACAUCAUCCCCCACUGCCUGCCCGGCUACCCGGACUACAAGACCAUUCGCAUCGUCUACGACAUUCCUGCCGGUGUCCAGACAAAUGAGCACCCCAACCCUGGCAAGAAGUUCAGCGCAAGGGGUUUCCCUCGGCAGUGUUACCUGCCAGACAACGAGAAGGGCAGGAAGGUCCUCAAGCUGCUGAUCACAGCCUGGGACCGACGCCUCAUCUUCACCAUCGGCACUUCCAGUACCACAGGCGAGUCUGACACGGUGGUGUGGAACGAAAUCCACCACAAGACCGAAUUUGGCUCCAACCUGACAGGGCACGGCUACCCUGACCCAAACUACUUGGACAACGUCCUGACGGAGCUGUCGGCCCAGGGAGUGGGCGAGGACAACGUGAAGGACUGAGAGACUCCCGAGCUGGACGACGGAAACACGACACAUCAUCUGCUGCGAUUAAAACGCUGUGGUGGCAAGGCAAGCGCGACAGAAACAAAACGAUUGUUGUGAUCUUUUUGCUUUCAUUUUGAUUACAUUUUACAUUAUGCCCGCAGCAUGUAUGCGUCCUCAGAGACUUGCGGCACAUGCGCCAUGUCUGUGUUGCCGCCAGCAAAUGUGUCACUGACCUCUUUUCGUGUCAAAGUGAAGCAUCUGCACUUGUAGCGCAACAAGAAGGCGUGAUUGCGUGGCCCCACCAACGCCGCAUAACGAAUGUCGAGGAAAUUGCUGCAAUAAGAUGAGGUGCCAAUGAAGCUUAUCUCACUUGAUAAGACAAAUUGUAAAGAAAGACAUGCAUAUGAUUUUUCUUCAGGAUUGGCUUCCCCCUUGUUUACUGAAGAAAUUGAAAUAUUUUAACACAUAGUGCGACUUUUCUGUGAGUUCAGAAAACGUGUGCCCCCAUCGCUGAAGCAAGGGCUAAAGAAAGUGCGUUUUAUAGUACAGUACAUGAAAUAGAUUCCACUGACCCAGAAGCUAUGAGGUAUUUUCCAAUGGGCAUUUGUUACAUUGCUAACCUUAUGGGCUGCCUUUGAAAGGGGCUGUGAAAGAUCCUAGCAGACAUUUGGAGGCUUGCUAUGAGAUGUUGGAGCGUACCAUUGCGACAUUCCAAGGUUAAACUCAUUUGUUUUGUUGACACUCUGGGAAAGCUGACCUCUGUGAACAUGAAGCCCCAUGUUGGUAUGCUCUCAAUUGGAGGAAAAUGUGGCCUUGGGUCUAUCCAUCAUUCUGCCAUACACGAGGGGGAGCGUGUGACUGCAUGCAGUGAGAUCCUAAAGGUGUCGGCAUUUUCCCUAGGAGAUCCAUCUUGCGAUAUCUCAUCUCUCCUGAGAGGUUUUUUUUUUUUUGUUUUGUUUUAAUACUCGAACACGGUGCAGUAAGCACUGCUUUCCUUCUGCAGGGUGGAGCGGUGAGGCAAGUUCUCUUCUUGAUUCAUGUUCUCUUCAUGAGCAGCGGACAUCCUUCAAGGAAACAUGCAAAUGUUGCUUUAUCGCAGCGGAAGAUGCAUCGGAAGUAUUUUGAUUUCUUCUGUGUAUGUGUUCCGCUUUCCGUCAAAAGAUGUUGUGCCCAAGAGCUAAAGAUGGUUUUAAGAUCCCUGCUGGGGAUCUUCAUGGUUUGGGUUUUUGUUUUUUAUACUUGCAGAUGAAAGCGAGGUCAGCGCUGACUUUCCACAAGAGCAUCUGAUCAACUUUAAUGAGGUGGGGUGUUGAUGUAAACUUGUUGUGGGGCUCAUUUUGGAGCAAAUCAGUCUUCCACAGCAAUUGGAAGCAGCAGCUUUGCUUCCAAGUUGUUAUUUCUUUUUUUUAUAGUCUUAAAUGACAUUUUAAACCUUUUUUUUUUUCCCUAAAGUCAUCUUACAGUGCUUUGGAGGAAAAAUGAUUUAGAGAGGUGAUCUGCCCGACUAUUCGAGCUUAGUUUGAUUGUAUGGUCAGUUUAUUUUUAUACCUUAAAACAUUCACUUACCCAUGAACUUAGCGAUACAAAAGCAGAUGUCGACAAGAUACAUAAAAGCUGGCAAUGUUGUCAGUUUUUCAGGGACUGUUUACUUAUGUAUGACAUGUUAAUGGGCGUCGAAUAUAAUAAGUAGUGUUCGUGUAUGCUACUGUCCGUACCUUCAUGUAGAAUGUGUGUAAGUGACUUGAGUAAAUAUAGUCAGUGUAUCUCUGUCAUUAGUCGGGGAGCCUAAACAGCAUGAGCGUUGUCAUCCUCCCUUAGGAUCCUUUCUAGAUAGGAAGUCAACUUUUUAGUUCACCUUCAGUCAAAAGCAAGGAAUCAACUGGGUGAAAAUUGGCUACAGAUAUCGUCACUGUUCGAUUAAUAAACAGGAGCCACAGAUUGGCGGGGGUUGGUUUUUUUUUUUUUUUUUUUUUUUUUAAGGCCCUGAAAACUUUUUUUUUGUCCUCACAAUGUAAUGUUAGCUUGCUUUGUAUUGUGAGACGUAUGCAAAUGGGGGAUGUGUCACUUUGCUGCUGGAGCAGCAGGCCUGCGGCUGCUUCUGGUCCCUCCUAAAUCAAUACAGCCUGUUGUCAUGUUUUCCGGUUUUCAACCACAUCCAGCCAGGCGAAACAUAUAUGUGAGCAGCAUGUCUGUUACUAUUGUGUUGACUAACGCGGCAUUAGAAGAGCUGGAGGUCAUCUUGAAGGGCAGCAAGCCCAGAGUGCGUUCUGAUGUGUGCAAGUGUUGUUGUUGUUGUUGUUUGUCUUUUAAGCAAAAACGGCAGUUUUCUCUGGGGGUGAUGCACCAGCGGGAAAACCUGUAUGCCUAUUUGCUGCAGUUCAGAUUUAUUUAAUAAUAGUUGUAUAAGACCAUGGAGAGUAUGUCCACCGCUUUCAUAGAGCUUUAUUGCUUUUGCGCUCUUCGUGAAGCAGAUUCUCAACUAAUAUCAAACGUUCAGGGAUUAUUAUUUCAUGUCUAAGGGAGAACCAGAUUCAUUUUAAAUUAUGGUCUACAACCAACAUCUUACGAGUUGAACGCAUCUUUCGAAGUGAGUUGUUUUUUUUUUUCCCCUCUAGUUUCCGUGAUGGAUCUUCUUUGACUCUUGGUGUACUGAUUCACUCUGGAUGACACAGCUCUUGUCUUUUUAUGCAAAAAUGCGUCUGUCCAAACGUUUUCUAGCUGAAAUGAUCAGCCUACUAGAAUUUUUAUCCUAGAAGAAUUCGUGUGUAAGCAAUCGCUGCAUGAACUAUUUUUUCCAUCAGUUCACCUAACCGAAAGAGGUUUUUUUGAAAGAUACUUUUUCAGGGGCUUUAAAAAUAGUUCUGUUUUAGUUUUUUCCUCUCCAUCCACUUGGAUAUUGACUGCAGUCAAUUUAAAGUGUGCAUGCAUGUUUUUGGAAUAUAACCUGUGACUGUGAGGAACACGUGCCAAUGUGCCGCAUAAAAAAGUUCAUUUUAUUCCAGUUUCAACUUAUUUAGGCUGUCUACUUUUCUCUCCCCCGUCACAAGGCAAAAUAAAUUGAGACCAAUCAUUGUUUGGACCUCCUUUCACUUUUGGAGGCCUUAGCAAGUCAGCACUAUCAGGGAAACGUCCACAUUGAGUGAAGUCUAUUGAAGAAGAGAAAUCCAAAUGUUUGCGCCUUGAACAUUUUGUCGCCCUUUAGACUUUCAGGUGUGUACAGACUUUCGCGGAAAGUAAACAUGCAAUGCGGUUUGGUAUGCCUGAGCGACAGAGAGAGCUUGUUUAUGCAAUUUACUAUUUUCGAAAUGUAAAAUCUGAUUCAUUUGUAGCAAGGACAGUGAUAUUUUUGGGUUAGUAGUUGUUUUCCUUGUGGGGUGCCUCACUCUUGUCUAGAAUAAAAGCUGACAUAUAUGUAUUGGAAAGCAUAUAUUUUUGAUGUAUUUUCUGAUUAACGAUUGUCUUUGCGAUAACUACAUCAUUUGAUUCCAAGGGGGAAGUUAUGAUGUCUCAUUGGGCGCAAGAUGUAGUAUUUCCUACUGUAAUCAAAAGUCAUAAAUGUUCAAUGCUUAUAGUACACCUCUUUCAAAUAUACCUUAGACAUUUAGUGUGGCUAUACUGUCUGUUGGUAUCUCUUUGUCUCUUUAAGUGUGCGUCUUGCAAGGCAAAAAUCAUCGGGCCGCGUCAUCCUUUCAAAAGACAUUCAUGUUCUGCCCGAGAUGCAUAUGAGCUACUUUAGUGGCGAUGCGUAGGAAGUCAUCACAGGCUGCUCUUUAGAAAGGUCAACCAGAUGAUGUUGUCAUCUUAGCACGGCUCUGUAUCUUGUCGCAGAACAUUUUCAUUUUACACGAGUCAAGGAAACAUGGCGUUUGGCUGAUAUCAACUUUUGGGACAUGUGCAACAUGUUUCAUGUUUUAAUUGACAUUUUCAAUUCCUAAUUUUGUGGUUUGACAUGACUUGAGCAACACUUUUCUCGUUCAAACUUAAAGCUUAAAGAGACAUGGAGACUAUGAUCACUAUAAAGGGCUUUUUAAUCAAAUAAUCGGUCUUUAUUGAAUCGCGUUGACCUUGUUGCAUGUUUGUGUCUUUCUUGUGGACAAAAAUGAAAAAAUAAAGUGCCCUCAGUGGGGGUGAUUUUUGUUUCA